CUUUUAAAGCGAGGGAGGGAGGCGCAUUUAUCUGUUAUCAGCAACAACCAUCUCUUCUCUUCUCCUCUACUGUCCCCAGUUCUUGAGUUCUGAUCGAGAGACUGAUCAGACUGAGACAACAACGUACAAACAGCCAAGAUCAGAAGCAAAUGUCGAAAUCUCCAGAACAAGAAGAGCACCCACGGAAGGCAUUCGGAUGGGCUGCAAGAGAUGCUUCCGGGAUCCUCUCCCCUUUCAAUUUCUCUAGAAGGGAAAAUGGAAUUGAUGAUGUCGCCAUAAAAAUCCUUUACUGUGGAGUCUGCCACUCUGACCUUCAUUUAGCCAAGAAUGAUUGGGGAUACACAAUGUACCCUGUUGUUCCUGGUCAUGAAAUUGUGGGAGUUGUGACUGAAGUUGGGAGUAAUGUGACAAAUCUUAAAGUUGGAGAGCAUGUUGGGGUUGGUGCCAUGGUGGGUUCAUGUAAGACAUGUCAAAGCUGCCAGCAGGAUUUGGAGAACUACUGCCCCAAGAUGAUAUUUACAUAUAACUCCAUUAACUAUGAUGGAACCAAAACCUAUGGUGGCUAUUCUGAUAUGGUUGUUGUCAACAAGGACUUCGUGCUCCGCUGGCCCGAUAACCUUCCUCCUGAUUCAGGCGCGCCUCUGCUGUGUGCAGGGAUUACAGUUUACAGUCCAAUGAAAUAUUAUGGAAUGACUGAGCCAGGAAAGCAUUUAGGUGUUGUUGGACUUGGGGGGCUUGGUCAUAUAGCAGUGAAGUUGGGUAAGGCCUUUGGGCUGAAGGUUACUGUCAUUAGUACCUCCCCACAUAAGGAGGCUGAGGCAACAGAAAGACUUGGUGCUGAUUCAUUUAUUGUUAGCCGGGAUCCAGUAAAAGUGAAGGCAGCUUUAGGUACCAUGGACUACAUAAUUGACACUGUAUCUGCAGUCCAUCCCUUGGCUCCACUUUUGGGUCUCUUGAAGCCACAUGGAAAGCUGAUAACCCUGGGGCUGCCUGACAAGCCUCUAGAGCUUCCCAUCUUUCCCUUGGUACUGGGUAGGAAACUUGUGGGGGGCAGUGACAUAGGAGGCAUAAAAGAGACACAGGAAAUGUUGGAAUUCUGUGCAAAGCACAAUAUCGCAGCAGAUAUCGAGCUGAUCCAAAUGGACUACAUUAAUACUGCCAUGGAAAGGCUAGCCAAGGCUGAUGUCCAGUAUCGAUUUGUGAUCGAUGUGGCAAACUCCUUGUCUCAGUAUGUAGGGUAAUGUCUUAGUGUGUCCAACAACAAUAAUGGGAAUGAAAGGCUAAAUAGGUAGAUCCACCACUGGACACAUCUGAUGCAUAUCUAGUCAUGAAUGUAGUUAAAAAUUGGACUAGGUUUUACUUAGACCUGUUGCUUCCCGUUAUUGGGAUCAACAUCUCAUAAACCAAGUCAGACCCCAUUACUGUAAUAAGGUUCUGGUUGAAUCUUGGCAAUGCCAGUCAACUUUCAUUGAACAAGACUACUUAUUAUCUGAAGCUGAUGUUUUCUUGUGCUGCUA